AAUUUUUACCCAGAAGCUGUGACGAUCCGAUGGGUUAAAUUCAGUAAAAGUAACAGCAGGAACUCACCUUGGGACAAGGACGUUUCUGUCACAACUCUAUUGGGGAACAGCGAUGGGACAUUUAGUGUGACCAGUGUGCUGACUGUGGAGCCGACUAACAGACGCGUGAACCCGGAGAUGUAUUCUUCUGUAUUGUCAGCCACAGAUCCCUGGAGGAGGAAUUAUUACUCUCAGCUUUACCAUGACAAGACGAAUCCAGGAAUAGGUAUUUCUAUGGCUGCAGUUUGUUGUAUUCACAAUCUUUAUGUUUCACAUACUGUUUUGAGGAUCGGUUUUAUUCAC